GUGGUACAGCAUAUGUCAGUGUUAACUGCCAGACCCUGAGAGAGCAGUGAGCCAGCUUGUGUGUCUGAUGGCUAAGUUUGGGGACAUGUUGGGUUGCUCCCUGCUCCUGUUAGCUUUUGUUAGUUACUCUAAUGCCCAGUGGGGAUGGUGGUCUUUUGGCAAAGACACCCAGGCAUCUACACAGACCACAGCAACCCAGAAGAACCAGGGAUUACAGAGUACUACUAGUGAGGCUACACACCUGGAGACCACCAUGGUCAUCCCACAAGCCCACAAGGAAGGACAUGGACUUUUGAGUGUUUCAGCAAGAAGCCCUGAUUCAGAAGCAGCGUCCCCAACUACAGGACCACCAUCACCAGGGCCAGUGACUGAGGAGAACCUUGCUGGAGUCGGGGCUCAGAUACUGAAUGUGGCUGAGGGGAUCCUCAGCUUUGUUCAAACUUGGGACCAAAAAUCAACAGCAGAAGCAAAUGCUGGUGCAAUAGAAGUUUCAACUUCCCCUGCUGAAGAUAUAGAGAUAACAACCAAUGGACAUAGGACAGACAGGGGCACAACUAUGCCCAUUGCUAGGCAGGUUACAGAGCAACCAAAGUUUACAGCCAAUUCUCUACCAGUUACCAAUCCUUGGGUGGAACACCUCUUGCUUGAAAAUGAUGAUGUAGGUGUAUCCCUACUCCAGUUGAUAGGUGACCCGCCUCCGGAAGAGAUCACCAAAAUCUACGGUCCGGACAACAGUCCAGGCUAUGUGUUCGGCCCAGACGCCAACACAGGCCAGCUGGCUCGUGCUCACCUGCCCAGCCCUUUCUACCGGGACUUCUCGCUCCUUUUCCACCUGCAGCCGACCACCCCCAAGGCAGGCGUGAUAUUCUCUGUCACAGACCCCACACAGGCAUCCAUGUAUGUGGGUGUAAAGCUGUCCGCUGUCCAAGCAGGCAAGCAGAAGGUCCUCUUCUACUACACAGAGCCAGGGUCCCAGACCUCCUACCAGGCAGCAGCCUUCAAUGUUCCAUCUCUAGCCAACCGCUGGACACGCUUCGCCAUCAGCGUGGAGGGUGAAGAGGUGUUCUUCUUCUUGGAUUGUGAGGAGUCUGAAGCAACCCGCUUCGAGCGUUCACCCGAUGAGAUGGAGCUGGAAAGUGGCGCAGGGGUCUUUGUUGGUCAGGCUGGAGGAGCAGAUCCAGACCGAUUUGUGGGUGUUAUUGCUGAGCUGAGGGUAGUUGGAGAUCCCAGAGCUGCUGAAAGACACUGUGAUGAAGAUGGAGAUGAUUCUGAUGCUGCAUCUGGUGAUUUUGGAAGUGGGUAUGAAGAGACACCGAAAAUUGAAACGGUGACUCCUCCUGCCCAGAGGCCAUUGAAACAGCCCCCAGUGACAGCACCCUCUACGGGAAGAAAGGAGAAGCUGUCACCUCAAACCAUUGCUGAGACUGCUGGAAAGCAGAUAGUCGACUCUCAAACUCAUUCUGAAGUGAAAUCCCAGCCAGGUGUCCCGGGUCAAGCUGGAAAGUUACAAAACUCUGAUACAAUGGGUCCUGCAGGCCCAGCCGGUCCCAAAGGAGAGCUGGGGGAGAAAGGCGAUCGAGGUGAAAGAGGGCCCCAGGGUGCAAAAGGAGAGAGUGUGGGGGCUGCAGGGGGCACUGCUGGUCCUCGUGGUGAGAAGGGGGAAAAUGGCAUGAAGGGAAGUGCUGGCUUUGGCUAUCCUGGCAAGAAGGGAGACGCCGGUGACCCUGGCCCCCCAGGACCUCCUGGUCCCCCCGGACCGGCCGCGGAGCAGGUGGAGCGUGGAGACGGCAGUGUCGUGGAGCAGAUAGUGGGAGCCAGAGGACCCCCUGGACCAGCAGGCCCACCGGGACCCUCGGGAGCAGACGGAGAGCCUGGUGACCCUGGUGAAGAUGGCAUCGCAGGUCCUGCUGGCCCUCCUGGAUUUCCUGGGACUCCAGGGGACCCUGGUCAAAAGGGCGAGAAGGGUGACCCUGGUGAAGGCAAACCUGGACCAAGAGGACCGCCUGGCUUGCCAGGACCAGCGGCAUCCCGCUCAGAGACCUUUUUUGACAUGGAAGCUUCUGGAUUCCCUGAUCUGGAAAGCAUUCGGGGCCCCCAAGGGCUUCCUGGUAUUCCGGGCCCUCCUGGCCCUCCUGGACCUCCUGCAGCCCCCAACCUGUUGUCUGGACACCAGGCUUCAAUUGGGCCAACUGGACCAAGAGGGACUGAUGGGAAGGAUGGCAUUCCUGGUGUUCAAGGGCCCCCAGGCCCCCCAGGUCCUCCAGGAAAUAAUGGCCAACCAGGACUGGUUGGACCCAGAGGAGAAAAGGGUGAUGCAGGUGAUUUGGGACUUCCUGGAGCUGUUGGUGAAAAGGGUUCAAGGGGUGAUGUGGGUCCCCCUGGUGUUUCAGGGCAGACAGGACUGGCUGGUCUUCCUGGACCAAUGGGACCAGUUGGACCACCUGGCCCCCCUGGACCUCCAGGCCCAAGCUUCCCAGUGGGCUUUGAUGAUAUGGAAGGGUCAGCGUUUGGAUCAAUAAAUGGUCCAGGAGUUAGAGGACCAGACGGACGGCCGGGUAUUCCUGGACCACCUGGUUUGCCAGGCAUACCGGGUAACAAUGGAUUGCCUGGUCUUCCAGGAGCAAAGGGGGAAGUUGGGUCUCCAGGAUUCUCAGGGGUUGAUGGACGGCCAGGGUUAGAUGGAUUCCCCGGCCUGAAAGGACUAAAGGGUGACAGAGGGGACAAGGGAGAAAGAGGCGAGCAGGGUCGAGAUGGUGUUGGAAUUCCUGGUCAGCCCGGCCUCCCCGGACCUCCUGGACGGAUUAUCUAUCAGCCAGACAACCAUGAAGGCAACUUUGCUCCAAGCACAGAGGGAAUACAAGGCCCGCCUGGUCAAGCAGGUUUCCCAGGCCCUAGGGGGCCGAAGGGCGACAGAGGAGACUCGGGACCACCAGGAUAUGGAAUUAAGGGAGAAAAGGGAGAGCCUGCUGCCAUUAUUGGACCUGAUGGAAAUAUCCUGAGCAGUGCAUUUCUUGGUGGAGUUACGGGAGAAAAGGGUGACCCAGGAAUCCCUGGGCCAGUUGGCCCUGUGGGUCCUUAUGGUCGCCCAGGUCAUAAGGGUGAAAUUGGUUUACCUGGCAGGCCUGGUCGUCCUGGCAUUAAUGGAUUUAAAGGUGAAAAGGGGGAGCCAAGUGACGUCCGUAGUGGUUACGCUGUUAGCGGUCCCCCUGGUCCCCCUGGUCCCCCUGGUCCCCCUGGUCCCCCUGGUCCUCCAGGACAAUUAACCGAACGCUAUGACUUUAAUGAAGCUGUACCAAGAUAUUCAGGUUUACCAGGUCCCAAGGGAGAGAGGGGCUUCCCAGGUUACACAGGAGAGAAAGGAGAGCAAGGGCAGCCUGGCCUGCCUGGACAACCAGGUGGUAUCCCAGACUUUGAUAUUUAUGCAUUAAAGAGAGAACUGAAGGGAGAACGUGGUGACAAGGGGCCGCAGGGUGAGAAAGGAGAACCAGGCGGUGGAUACUAUGAUCCUCGUUAUUCUGCGCUUCAAGCCCCCCCUGGACAGCCGGGCAGCCCUGGACUGCCAGGUCCUAAGGGCGACUCUAUCCGAGGCCCUCCUGGUCCUCAGGGACCUCCAGGAGCCCCAGGAGUCGGGUACGAUGGGCGUCCAGGACAACCAGGCCUGCCUGGCCCACCCGGACCUCCAUCGCUGCCUGGAGCUUCCAGGCAGAGUAUCAGCAUUCCAGGUCCACCUGGACCUCACGGCCCACCAGGCCCUCCCGGACACUCCUCAGGGGUUACCAUUUUGAGGACUUACCAAACCAUGGUCACCACAGCGCGAGGACUGCCAGAAGGAACUAUGGUCUUUGUCUUGGACAAGGCAGAUAUCUAUAUCAGAGUGCGGGAUGGAUUCCGUCAAGUUCUGCUUGGGAACUACACACCAUUCUUUGGAGGCGGUGUCCUUGAAAAUGAAGUGGCCGCGGUGCAGCCACCACCGGUAGUCCAUUUCUCUGAAGGCCAUUCCUCUAACAGCAGGGCAGGACAUAUUUCCCAGAAUGAACCCGUAAACAGGCAGCCAGAGCAACAACCACACUGGCCGCAUCCUCCACACCAGCCAGACCAGGGCCAUGUUGUCUACCCCAGCACCCCAGAGCGACAGCCAGCAGGGAGGAACCCAGCAAGGCCAGAAUUUGGCUAUCCCAGUUACCCCAUCCCCCCCCAGCGAAGACCCAGCCAGUCUGAGAGUGUACAGCCUGCAGGUCAUGAACAUGGCACAGGCCCUGCUCUCCACCUGAUAGCCCUGAACGCUCCCCAGACUGGAGACAUGCGUGGAAUCCGUGGGGCAGAUUUCCAGUGCUUCCAGCAAGCCCGAGCCGUGGGACUGACUGGUACUUUCCGUGCCUUCCUAUCUUCCAAACUCCAGGACCUCUACAGCAUCGUGCGGAGAGCCGACAGAGCCACGCUGCCCAUCAUCAAUCUCAGGGAUGAGGUGCUGUUUGAUAACUGGGAGUCUCUGUUUGAUGGGUCGGAUGCUCAGAUGAAGCCCAAUGUUGCAGUCUACUCCUUUGAUGGGCGGGAUGUUCUCAGAGACAACAUAUGGCACGAGAAGAUGGUCUGGCACGGGUCUAACAACAAGGGCCAUCGUCUGACUGACAAUUACUGCGAGACAUGGAGGACUGGCGACCGGGCCGUGACGGGCUUCGCUUCCUCCAUUCAGGCUGGCAGGCUUCUCCAACAGCGACCUAGCAGCUGCACCAGCUCCUACAUCGUCCUGUGUAUCGAGAACAGCUACAACUUGCAAUCCAAAAAAUAAAGGAACCCCAGCUGCAAACCUGUUGCAGAUGACAAUGUACGGCUCUCUUAGCACCACCUGUGGCAUGGUGUCUGCAUUGCAGGGCAGUUUUCUGUUUUUUCCCCCUUCUGUAUUCAUUGAAUGCCAAAGAGUUGGGUUUUUUAACAAAAAUGUGUUUACUCUCCUCCUUUAUGGGGCAUCGGCACAUAUCACCGUGUAACAAUUAUUAUUAUUUUUUUGUUCCUGGGUAGUAAGUGUUAUUUCCUAAUUGCUUAUGCCUC